CAGGAGGGCGGCGACAUGCCGCUUUUACACAAGUGUGUGCAGCUCUGCGGUCCCUUUGGACUAUUAGGGUUUUCUCAUUUUUAACAUAAACAAUAGCUACGGCUCAGGCUCCGCCCUGUGGCGUGCUAGAGGAAAAAUGAAGGCAACAAGACGGAAAAAGGUUAGAAUAUUACCAAAUAUCACAAGUUACCAUGCAACGUGAAGGGGAACAAGGUGUAUGGGGGAAGGAAGGCGUGUUGGGAUAAAAGGAAAAAGGGAGGAGGCUGGGGGAAGGAGGGAGAGGGACCCGGAUGCUGAUGCUGCUUGUGUUGGACGAGGAGGAGGAAGAGAGGAGAUACAAAAUAACAGUUUACGUGAAGAGAUAUCGGGAAGCAGGGGAGCGGCACACGGCACCUUCCGGAGCAUCUGCGGCUUUAGAAGGGCACCUGGGAGCGGAGCGCAUCGGGGAGGACGGAGAGAUAAAACGCUGUGACAUGGACACGCCGCUGGGAGGGGAAGCCGCUCGCCUAGGAUGCCCGAUUCACCCGCAACAUUAAAGCCACGAAACGCGGAGCAGAUCCAGCGGCCGGUGUCGGGAAGGCACGAUUAGGCAGCGAAGCGCCGGGAGCGGAGCCGUACGGGCACGGCGAGGGCGGUGCGCUUUAAAGCCCUCCAUCCGCCUCUAAACUGCGGAUCCGCAAGACACGACAACCGGCAUCCCAUGCAAUAUAUACAUACAUAACACAAGAUCUGUAUGUAUAUGAUAGUAGGGGUUGCCUGAACACAUUUGGAUAAGGAUCGCAAUGAAAAGGUCGCGAUAGUCGGAUAGACGGCGGGGCAGGGAAGAGGGGGUGCAGCGAGACGGGCUGGUGUGCACUCCUCUCUAUAUAACACCAGCGGAGCACUUAUACCGCUUAUGCGUGUGAUCAACCCGCUGACUCCACGCUGAAAUAUUUAACCCAUUACUCUUUGUAUUAAUAGGCCUAUUUAUUGCAUUAACGAAUCAUACUGCUUUUGGUGAUACUUCUCUGUAGCUAAUUUGGUAUUUCUGGUUCUAUUUAAACAACCCAGUCUGUUUCAUUCGCAUAUCUCAUACUCAUUGUAUCCUUUUCUCUAGUAAUUUCCCUUCGGUUACCCGAAAUUGAUGGAUCUUGACAUGGGAUAUUACCCGAGGUCGCUCAUUUAAAAUAAAUGCGAAUAAUCGCAGAUGGAAAGAGCAGAGUAACGUGGCUUCGUAGGAGCUGGCGUAGGCCACAGAUGACUGUCCGUUGGCCCUGUCCGUGUUCCCGUCCGUGUCCCUCCCCAUGGUCCUGUAAUGCCCUCACAGCCUGACACGCACACCGCUCCCCGGACGUAUGUAGCUCAUCAUCAGCAACGCAGUGGCAUUUGAUUAAACACGUCGCACCAUGUCCGCCAAGGAGCUGUCGGUGACUCUGUCCGCCCAGUACGUCGGGCCUUACCGCCUGGAGAAAACGCUGGGCAAAGGACAGACAGGCCUGGUGAAGCUGGGAAUUCACUGCAUCACGGGACAGAAGGUGGCCAUUAAGAUUGUGAACAGGGAGAAGCUGUCUGAGUCGGUUCUGAUGAAGGUGGAGAGGGAGAUCGCAAUUCUAAAGCUGAUAGAGCAUCCGCACGUGCUGAAACUGCAUGACGUCUAUGAGAAUAACAAAUACCUGUACCUUGUGCUGGAACACGUGUCUGGAGGAGAGCUCUUCGAUUACUUGGUGAAGAAGGGUCGACUCACGCCUAAAGAGGCUCGCAAAUUCUUCCGCCAGAUCAUUUCUGCACUGGACUUCUGCCAUAGCCAUUCUAUCUGUCACAGGGACCUGAAGCCGGAGAACCUCCUGCUUGAUGAAAAAAACAACAUUCGCAUUGCAGACUUUGGCAUGGCAUCCCUGCAGGUGGGGGACAGUCUGUUAGAGACCAGUUGCGGAUCCCCUCACUAUGCAUGUCCGGAGGUCAUCAGGGGGGAGAAGUACGAUGGCAGGAAGGCUGAUGUUUGGAGCUGUGGGGUGAUCCUGUUUGCCUUGCUUGUGGGCGCGCUGCCAUUUGACCACGACAACCUGCGUCAGCUCCUGGAGAAGGUGAAGAGUGGGCUGUUCCACAUGCCCCAUUUUAUCCCCCCCGACUGUCAGGCGCUGCUCAAAGGCAUGAUAGAGGUCAACCCAGAGAAGCGGCUCACGUUAGAAGCAAUACAGAAACACGCCUGGUACCUGGGGGGCCGUAAUGAGCCAUGCCCCGAGCAGCCGCCCCCCAGGCGCGUGUGUAUACGGCGCAUCACGUCGCUGACGGAGCUGGACCCCGACGUGCUGGAGAGCAUGCACUCCCUGGGCUGCUUCCGUGACCGCGUCAAGCUGGCCCGCGACCUGCAGUGUGAUGAAGAUAACCAGGAGAAAAUGAUCUACUACCUCCUACUGGACCGUAAGGAGAGGUAUCCCAGCUGUGAGGAUGAGGACCUCCCCCCCAGGAAUGACAUAGAUCCCCCCCGGAAGCGCGUGGACUCGCCCAUGCUGUCACGGCAUGGUCGCUGCUGGCCUGAGAGGAAGAGCCUGGAGGUGCUAAGUGUCACGGAGCAGGGCAGCCCCACGGCGCCGCGCCGGGCACUCGACUCCGCCGCACACAGCCAGAGGUCUCGCUCUGUCAGCGGCGCCUCCACCGGCCUGUCCUGCAGCCCCCUCAGCAGCCCGCGGAGCCCAGUUUUCACUUUCAGCCAAUCAGACGUCACAUCUGCCACCACCAUUCAGAAUAAGGACUUCAAACCAGGAAAUGGCGCCACCCCCAGGGUCUCCCAGCGCAUGUCUGACCAAAAAACCCAUACUCUACCUUCCAAGACCCCCUCUGAUCGUCCCCCCCUCCAAUCCAUGAAAUCUCUUCCUCUUCAGACACCACCCUCCUGCUCGCCUUCGCCCUCCCCGCUCCUCUCCCCCAUCCCUCGCUUUUUCUUUUUCCCUGCUCCCUCUGUCCUUAAGGCUGUCUAUCCUAACCCUCUGCCGCAGGUCACGCCGCAGGCCUCUCCGCUCCCUACCCCGCUCGGCACUCCUGUGCACCACCCCCAGCACCCUCCCCACACCCCGCCCUCUUCUUCCUCCUCCUCCUCCUCUUCACGGGCUGAGGGAGGCGGAGUGGGUUGCGGCUCCCUGUCCCUCACCCCACCCUCCAGUCCGGGGGGCAGUGGGGGCGUGGCUGUUAGCUCCUCUGCCCACUGGAGGACCCGACUCAACUCGUUCAAGAACAACCUGCUGGGCUCACCUCGAUUCCACCGCCGCAAGCUGCAGGUACCGACCUCAGAGGACAUGUCCAGCCUGACUCCGGAGUCCAGCCCGGAGCUAGCCAAGAAAUCCUGGUUUGGGAACUUUAUCAGCCUGGAGAAGGAGGAGCAGAUCUUCAUGGUGAUCCGAGACAAGCCCUUGAGCUCCAUCAAGGCUGACAUUGUCCACGCCUUUCUCUCCAUCCCAUCCCUCAGUCACAGUGUCGUCUCCCAGACCAGUUUCAGGGCUGAGCACAAGGCUGCGGGGGGGCCUUCUGUCUUCCAAAAGCCCAUCAAGUUCCACGUGGACAUCGCCGUCUCGGAGCGUGAGAGGGAGCGAGAGAGGGAGAGAGCAGACAGGGAGGGCAGGAGGCGAACAGGCAUCUUCAGCGUCACUUUCACCCUCAUAUCGGGUCCCAGUCGCCGGUUCAAAAGAGUGGUGGAGACGAUUCAGGCCCAGCUCCUCAGCACUCACGACCAGCCCUCUGUACAAGCACUCGUCGACGAGAAGAACGGGCAGCUCACCCCCAGGUCCCCUGGGACCCCUACACGGCGCUGGGACAGCGGGGGCGAGCGGGCAGAGCGUGGGGAGCGCAGUGAUGGGGGAAGUGCGUUGCAGUGCCGAGGCUCCAGCAGAGACAAAGCUAGACUGCUCUCCACCAAUGGAACCCAGUCCCAGCCCUGAGCAGGAGACCCCACGGUCGCCCCCAGUGGCCAAAGGUCAUCACUGCAGUCCGACCAGAAAUGCCAACGAGAUCAAAGAAAAGGGCAAAUUGAUCUCCUGUUAAAGAAAGCCUGGCAAACAAUCUUCGUCCAACUGGUGGUAAAGCCUCAAUAAAAGAUCAACAUAAAGCUUUUGGUAUCAGCAGAAAUCCUCCAUUUUUUUUCUGUUUUUCAACAUGCAUAUGCAGAGAAAAAAAGGGAAGGAGAUGUCAGAUUGGACCCUGAGACGUGAGACUGUGUGCCCUUAGUGUGCCCCUCUUUGGUCACCACAGCAGUGACACGCCAGUCCGUCAGCAAAGUGAAAUGUACGUUGGUACUGAUAUCACUGACACAAAAUCAUCUGCUGUAGAAUUUUUGAGUGUUUUUUUUUUCUUUGCCGUUUAUUGACCAUUUUGGUAUAUCAGACUCCCCCAGUGAUGAGAGGGGCUGGACAUGAAUCUGUGCUGUCAAUGACUGAGGUUCGGGGAAGGUGAAUCCCCCCCCCCACCCCCACCCCAACCAUAUUGGACCAAAAAAAGCAAAGUCUUUUGGGACAGAUUAUUUGAAUGAGCAGGAAUAUGACACAUUUUCCCAUCAAACCAUUGGCUGCUUAAGCUCUUUUCAGUAUGAGUACUGAAGCGAUGUUGUCUUCAGUCAGACCUUAUGCAAAUAAAAGAAGAAGGGGAGUUAGACCAUAGCAGCCUGCAGGACAUUGUGACCUGCAGAGAGAAAGAGAGAGAGGGGACUCUGUAGGGACACAUGUGACAAAGGAUGACAGAGGGACCUGCAGGGAUGAGUGUGACAGAGGGACCUGCAGGGAUGAGUGUGACAGAGGGUGACAGAGGGACCUGCAAGGAUGAGUGUGACAGGGCGACAGAGGGACCUGCAGGGAUGAGUGUGACAGAGGGCGACAGAGGGACCUGCAGGGAUGAGUGUGAAAGAGGGACCUGCAGGGAUGAGUGUGACAGAGGGCAACCGAGGGACCUGCAGGGAUGAGUGUGACAGAGGGCGACAGAGGGACCUGCAGGGAUGAGUGUGACAGAGGGCGACAGAGGGACCUGCAGGGAUGAGUGUGACAGAGGGCGACAGAGGGACCUGCAGGGAUGAGUGUGAAAGAGGGACCUGCAGGGAUGAGUGUGACAGAGGGCGACAGAGGGACCUGCAGGGAUGAGUGUGAAAGAGGGACCUGCAGGGAUGAGUGUGACAGAGGGCGACAGAGGGACCUGCAGGGAUGAGUGUGACAGAGGGCGACAGAGGGACCUGCAGGGAUGAGUGCGACAGAGGGCGACAGAGGGACCUGCAGGGAUGAGUGUGACAGAGGGUGACAGAGGGACCUGCAGGGAUGAGUGUGACAGAGGGCGACAGAUGGACCUGCAGGGAUGAGUGUGACAGGGCGACAGAGGGACCUGCAGGGAUGAGUGUGAAAGAGGGACCUGCAGGGAUGAGUGUGACAGAGGGCAACCGAGGGACCUGCAGGGAUGAGUGUGACAGAGGGCGACAGAGGGACCUGCAGGGAUGAGUGUGACAGAGGGACCUGCAGGGAUGAGUGUGAAAGAGGGACCUGCAGGGAUGAGUGUGAAAGAGGGACCUGCAGGGAUGAGUGUGACAGAGGGCGACAGAGGGACCUGCAGGGAUGAGUGUGACAGAGGGCGACAGAGGGACCUGCAGGGAUGAGUGCGACAGAGGGCGACAGAGGGACCUGCAGGGAUGAGUGUGACAGAGGGCGACAGAGGGACCUGCAGGGAUGAGUGUGACAGGGCGACAGAGGGACCUGCAGGGAUGAGUGUGAAAGAGGGACCUGCAGGGAUGAGUGUGACAGAGGGCAACCGAGGGACCUGCAGGGAUGAGUGUGACAGAGGGCGACAGAGGGACCUGCAGGGAUGAGUGUGAAAGAGGGACCUGCAGGGAUGAGUGUGACAGAGGGCGACAGAGGGACCUGCAGGGAUGAGUGUGAUAGAGGGCGACAGAGGGACCUGCAGGGAUGAGUGUGACAGAGGGUGACAGAGGGACCUGCAGGGAUGAGUGUGACAGAGGGACCUGCAGGGAUGAGUGUGAUAGAGGGUGACAGAGGGACCUGCAGGGAUGAGUGUGACAGAGGGACCUGCAGGGAUGAGUGUGACAGAGGGCGACAGAAGGACCUGCAGGGAUGAGUGUGACAGAGGGCGACAGAGGGACCUGCAGGGAUGAGUGUGACAGAGGGACCUGCAGGGAUGAGUGUGACAGAGGGCGACAGAAGGACCUGCAGGGAUGAGUGUGACAGAGGGACCUGCAGGGAUGAGUGUGAUAGAGGGACCUGCAGGGAUGAGUGUGAUAGAGGGACCUGCAGGGAUGAGUGUGAUAGAGGGACCUGCAGGGAUGAGUGUGACAGAGGGUGACAGAAGGACCUGCAGGGAUGAGUGUGACAGAGGGACCUGCAGGGAUGAGUGUGACAGAGGGACCUGCAGGGAUGAGUGUGACAGAGGGACCUGCAGGGAUGAGUGUGACAGAGGGACCUGCAGGGAUGAGUGUGACAGAGGGUGACAGAAGGACCUGCAGGGAUGAGUGUGACAGAGGGACCUGCAGGGAUGAGUGUGAUAGAGGGUGACAGAGGGUCACCAACGCAGAGCACAAGUAAAACUUUUUAAUAAGACAAUGACAAAACAAGAUGUGAAGUGACUGCGACACAUCCAUCUAUGUAUCCAACUAUCUGUCUAUCCAUCUAUCUAUCUAUCAAUCCAUCCAUCCAUUUUGUGGAGGGGGGGGCUUCUCAGCUCCGGGCAGACUGGGGAGGGGGGGAGGGCUACACCGAGCGAGUGAGUCAGGAGUGUGUGGGAAUGGGGCUGUGGGGCAGGUGGCCAGAUCCAGUGGCUCCUGGGCAGGCAGGAGACUUACUGAAAUGCUGCACUUCUGGCUACUGCCUCUGUUCUGACUUUUGAGGGUGUUUACAGCUAAAUGUGAAAAUACAGAACAGGGACAGAUUGAGAAAACCUUCAGUGAAACUGCAAAAAAACAAAAAAAAAACAAAAAGGGGAUGAGUUAAAGGCUAAGGAAGAAUCUGAGGAGUCUGAGAUCCAGUGGCAGUGAGGGGAAGAGCCUUAGGCCUGAUGGCAGGGAGGGGAGGAGUCUGAGAUCCAGUGGCAGUGAGGGGAAGAGCCUUGGGCCUGAUGGCAGGGAGGGGAGGAGUCUGAGAUCCAGUGGCAGUGAGGGGAAGAGCCUUGGGCCUGAUGGCAGGGAGGGGAGGAGUCUGAGAUCCAGUGGCAGUGAGGGGAAGAGCCUUGGGCCUGAUGGCAGGGAGGGGAGGAGUCUGAGAUCCAGUGGCAGUGAGGGGAAGAGCCUUGGGCCUGAUGGCAGGGAGGGGAGGAGUCUGAGAUCCAGUGGCAGUGAGGGGAAGAGCCUUGGGCCUGAUGGCAGGGAGGGGAGGAGUCUGAGAUCCAGUGGCAGUGAGGGGAAGAGCCUUAGGCCCGAUGGCACUGAGGGGAGGAGUCUGAGAUCCAGUGGCAGUGAGGGGAAGAGCCUUGGGCCUGAUGGCAGUGAGGGGAGGAGCCUGGGAUCCAAUUGCAGCAAGCGGAGGAGCCUUGGGCCUGAGGGCUACACUGUCAGCAGUGACGUUUGUUCCCCCUCCCCGUCACACUGCCGGACAGAGUGACGCGUUGGGGCGCUGCAGGGAUGGUACAGUCAGAACAGCCAUCCACAUGCUGCUGUACCAAAACACAGUGCUGGGGUUGCCAUGGUGACUGUACCUUUACAGGGCACCUUUCAUGUCAGAUUAAAUUUGCCCCAUCUAUAGUUAUCAUUGCCCCCCUGCUAAGGACUCUAUUGCUCUGACUCUGCUCGGUGGUGGUUCUAGAGGCCCCCCCCACCUUGUAUUCCUGCAGUGCUGUGAAGGUGGGGCCCCUGGCCCCUGUUACUUUCCCACACUAAAUAUACCUCAGUUAUUUCCCUUUAUAAGCUCAGCCUGUGUGUCCCGAGAUUCUCUGCUGUUCCCUCCGUCAUUAUCGAGAGUGUAGAGUUGGGUAUGGAUGGUAGGGCCGUCUCCCUGCCAGUAUCGUGGGAGUACCGUGUGUAAGGCAGGUGAUUUGGUCCCCACCAAUGUUGGAACCAAACCUACACCCUUUCAUCUUUAUUAACUUUGCGUUAUCAUUAUUAUUAUAGAACUUAAAGUCUCCAGUUGUACUCCCCCAUGCACUGUAGGGCAAGUUUUCGGUCUAAACGGAAAAAUUGGAAUCACAAAAAAGAUUAAAAGAAUAAUGUCUAUAUUUUAAAAUGGAAGUGUGCACUAUCAUUACAAUUAUUGCCUGUGAGAAGAAAUCAAUAAUGACAAUUGCUGUCAAAAUAUGAGCUUAUUAUUAUAAUUAUAAUAAUAAACUUUGGCGAGGUGUU